AUGGAAGCAGUUCUCAGCCUCCCUGACCUGGACCACCCCUUCACAGCCAGCGAACUGCGCUUCGCCCUCAGCCACCUCGCUCUGGACCACAAGUCAGCCCCUGGGAUGGACGGACUCACCUACCAGUGCCUGCGGAACCUACCGCACAAGACAACCUCACGGCUCCUGGAUACCAUCAACCAGCACUGGGACCAGGGCACGCCACCACCAUCCUGGAAAGAGAGCAUUAUCGUGCCGAUAUUGAAGCAAGACUCUGUGCUGGACCUGGUCUCGGACGUGGACGCCGCCGCCCAACGCAAGUGCCGAACGGCAGCGGCGUUCUUCGACAUCAAGGCUGCCUUCGACAGCGUCCCCAUCAACACCGUCAUGGACUCCCUCGUCGACCCUGGAAUCGGAGGCAAGGCAGUUGCUUUCAUUCACGCUUUACUUUCUGACCGCUCUUUCAGGGUCCGACUGGGAUCGACGCUGAGCUCCCCACGUCCCCAGAACCUCGGUCUACCUCAAAGCAGUAUCCUGAGCCCCCUGCUCUUCAACCUCGCCAUGGCUGGACUCCCCAAGGCCCUACCAGCAACAACACCUCCCCUGCAACUCUCCAUCUACGCGGACGACAUCUGCCUGUGGACCAACGGCAAGGACCCCUGGAAAGUGAGGAAGACCAUCCAAAAGGACGUGGAUGCUACGACCGAGUACAUCCGUGGCCUCGGACUCACCCCGUCAGGGUCUUCCUGGGCGCCACUCGUCAAUGACCUACAGACCAGAUGCAAGACAACACUGAACGUGACCAAGCGACUUAGCGGACGGCACUCCGGCUGCCCACAGAGGACCCUCCUUACCAUCCACAACGCCACCACAGCCGCACGGAUGCUGUUCGGACUCCCCUACGCCAAGCCCAGCAGAACAGCGCUGGAAUCCCUGGAACUGCUCCACCGUCGCGGACUGAAGCUGGCUCUCGCACUCCCACCUGGAACGCGGAACGUCGCCGUGUACGCCGAGGCUGCCGCUCUCCCUCACCAACUUCGAGCCACCCAACCCAUGCUGAACCAGCUCACCAGACUGAACAGGACAACAACCGGAAGGGCGCUACUGCAGUGUCUAAGGGACCGACAACGGAGCCGUUUUUCGUGUACACUUUUCACGCAGGACCGGCUGUUCCAGCCCAUCCCACCAGUCCCCAGCCCAGAUGCUCCAUGGAGGCACUUCGGGACCGCCAUCCACACAACACUGCCAGGCCUGCCACGGAAAAAGGACGUACCGGAUGCCGUGGCACAGUUCCUGGCCGCCCAGCGCCUUCAUGAGAGCUACCAGGACUACCUGCAAGUGUACACGGACGCCUCUGUCGACCCUGGACGACGCGCCUGCGCCCUGGCCUGCUGCAUCCCAGCAACACAGUUCUCCUGGGCCGAAGGAUUGUCCGGAUCCCUCUCCUCCACGGAAGCAGAACGCCUGGCGAUCACGGAAGCCCUGGACAUCAUCGCCAAGACGAGCGCCACCAAAACGAGCACACCAGAAGCUGCAGCUUCUCCUGGCAUCCGGACACCGCAUCGCGCUGCAGCGGAUCCCAUCCCACAAAGGCACCAUCCACCACUGAGCCAGGCUAAGAAGAGCAUCGCCCUCCAUGUGCGCAGCUUCCACGCGGACAAGCCCACGGUGGAAGGGACAGCACCCCCACCCGAGACAGCACUGUUGCUCAGGCUCCGUGCGUCGUCUGCCUUCACACGGGCGUACCGCUUCACGAUCGGCCAGGUCGACAACCCACGCUGCGGAACCUGUGGUGUCCAGGAGAGUGUUGCUCACCUAUUCACCCGCUGCAGAGAUAUCGCUUCUCAGAGAGAUCUUUUUCAGAACCUGUCCAGCGCCGGCAUCACCGACCACAGCCUGGUUAACCUGGUCUACCCCAAGGGCACACGACACCAUCGCCGACGUAUCCAGAGGGAGCUGCUGCAGUUCCUGAGCUCUACCGGCCUGAACACCCGCCUGCAGCUGCCACCCUCCGGACCUCCACAGCCUGACACUGCUUAG